AUGGAUGACAAUAAGUUUCAAAAAAGUGAUAAAUUACAAGAAAUGACUCGCGAAGUUGAAAUAGUAUACGGUUCAGAAUGUUGUAAAGAUAUUAUUUUGGAUUUGGAAAUAAUAAAUAAUGUCGAAAGAACAAUUCAUCAAACUCUUGGUGGAACUAAAGAAGGCUCGAAAAAAUCAUUUAAAAGAACUAUUUCGAUUGAAAGGCUAGCUAAAGUAGAAGAAAAACUAGAACGUCAACGUAAAAAAUUGGAAAAAAAAGCAGAAAAACAAAGAGUCAAGCAAAUUCAACAAAUUAACAAAAAAAAAUUUGAAAAAUUUGAUAUGACGCGAGAAUUGAUUGCCGAUAUUGAAGCUUCUUUAAUGGAAGGAACUUUUGGUUCUUUGAUACAAUCUAAUUUAGAAUCAAAAUUUAUAACAAUUAAUACAAUUCAACACAAUAUUUCAAAGAUCAUUAAAUGGAGAAGAAAAGUUAGCGCAGAAUGGGAUGAUGAACUUGAUGCUUUCAUGCCAGUACCUGAAAAAAUUCAUGAUGAUGUUUAUUUAAUGGUUUAUCUUCCAAUUUCAGAACUGGGCAAGAUCAUUGGGCAAAAUUCCAUGAAAGAUUAUCUACAAAAUUUGAAAAAUGCAUUUACUAAUAAAAAGUUGAUUAUUUUAAUAGAAGGUUUUGAAGAAUAUUGCAGAAAGAAAAGAUUACAUCACAAUCGUAAUUUUACUAAUGCAGUUCGUGCAAAAAUUAAUGAAAAUCAAGAAGAAGAUCAAGAAACAAACGAAAUUCAAAGGCACAAGAAAAAACAGCCAGCCAAUAAUAAUAAUUUGGGACCUGAUCCUGAAAAAAUUGAAGAAGAAUUGAUCUGGCUUCAAAUUAUUGGGAAAUGUUCCAUUGUUCACACAAAAGAUAUAAGUGAUACAGUUGAAACUAUAGGUUUAUUCUCAGUAGACAUCUCAACAAUUCCUUACAAGAAUCGAAAUGGAAAUUUGAACUUUUUGAUUGAAGGUCAAAUUCGAACUGGAGUUGAUGCUGGUGAUACAUGGUUACGUAUGUUGCAGGAAAUACAAUUUGUUGCCCCUUCUGUAGCAAAAGGAAUUGUUAAUAAGUAUCCAACAAUCAAGUCAUUGUAUUAUGCAUAUAAACGAUGUAAAGAUAAAGAAGAAGCCGAAAAAUUGUUAACAAGUAUAGAGAUUUCAGGUAUUUGGUUGGGACAAAGAGGUAGAUACAUUAAUAAAUCAAUUUCAAAAAGGGUCUAUGAAAUAUUAAUGGGAAGAAAUCCUAAUAUGGUGAUCUCCUAA